CAGUCACUAAUGACAAAUGCAAUGAUUUUUAGUGAGCUAGGUUAGCUCGCUACAGGCUAGCCGUUGCCCCUUUUAAACGCUGCCGUGCAGCAGAGGAGCAGUCUGUCUGCCCGCCAUUAGCCAACCCAACAGCAACGGAAAGGAUUGCGAAUACACCCUUAGUGCAGAUUUUCUUGUUUUCGUUAAACCAGCUUUCAUUUGGGAAGUGGAAUAUUCCUUGUCGUCGAGCGAACGACCCAUAUUACCAGUUUGUUACAGGGUACAACGUCGUGUUCUGGUCGAAGGAAAUAUACUGAGAACGGAAAUUUAGUAAAAAAAAAACAAAGAUGGAGACAGUUCCUUUCUCCCAGAGCUUCAAAGACGACAGAAUGACAACAUGGCGAUUCCUGAGAUACAGUAUGCAGUUCUCUGAACACUUCAAUGGGCAAAAACAACUGCUUAUAAAGAGUAAUUAUCGUUAUUUACACAUUACCUAAGUUAUUUUUCGGUGUUAAAUCAGUUUUAUUUUAUGCAUGAGUCGAUGGGGAAACGCCGACCGUCGAGUUUUUGGCUGCCCACGCAUGAAGCGCGGUGCACCGGAUCUCCGUGUCAUUCAAGGCUCGGUUAAUGAAACCAAUGGUCAACAAAUUAAUCCGUUUGGUUGCAAACAACGACACGUUUAGCUCUGCUUAACAACCAUCGGACGAAAGAGUAGUUGUGUUUUGACAGUUUUUAAGUUUACAACUGGAUAUAUUUUGUUGUCUUUGUACAGUGGGGGUAAUGUGGCGGGAACAAAAACACUAAGUUAGAUGGCUGUUGUCUAGAUGACUGAAUCAUCACCAGACUUUAUUAAAUAAGUGCAGUAUUUAGAUGAAAGGGUAACGUUAACGUAGCUGCUAAACAAGCGUGUAAGCUAUUUUUGGGGGAAUAAAUUGCUGCACACUCCCUUUGGAAACUUACGAAUCGCAGCGUGUCUUUAAAACAACCCACGGUCACACGAAUAGGUAUUUGCUAGUUUGUGUAAAUUUCAACUGGCUUAUUGUAACAGUGGCUUAAUGUUAAGUGAUCAACGUAUAUGGAUGACUCGUGAAUCAAGUGACUGUUUUUUUUUUUUGUUGUCGCUGCUGAAUCUGACCAUUUGAUAUUAACGUACUCGCCGGGAAUUUAAAGACGUAACUCGUGAUGGCCCGUUUACAUGUAACAAAAAACUCAUUUUGUAGCACGGACGCCUUUAGAGUUGUAAAGAUCGUUUGUAACGAAAAAAAGCGCCCCAUUUUUAGCAGUUAUGCUAGCAGCAAACAUGGCUUCCAAGGUCUGUAUGAAAUGUACCGCUCUGUAAAUGCCAACCGCGGCGCAGGAUGCAAAUCCCCUAAUAUACCAGCGUAAAAAGAAGUUUACUAAUUGUGGUACAACCGGGGGAGUCCUUCUGAACCGUGUGCACCACUGGACAAGGAGGCUGCGAAACGGUUAAAGCACCGCAAUAAUGCCAGCGAGCGAAAUAAUCGCCGUUUCAAAGUAACGAUUGAAUAACGUUCAUAGCUUUUCUCCUCUCAUUGCCCCAAUACGCCCAAUCCAGAGCAGUAUAAAGGAUUAAGCUUGUUGUGCGAGUGUUUUCCGCCCCAUUAUAAACCAGAAAACAUCAUCUAAAGCCCAUGUGGUCACCAUUACGUUAGCCACACAGGUCACUCGCAAAGCAGAAAAAGUAGCAAGCAAGGCUAGCAAAGGCUAGCCAGAAAACUAAGGGUUGAUUUUUAAAAAAAGCACGACUCACAUCAGACGGUGUCCUGUUUCUUAGCUCCAAGUGGAUCCUCUUUUUCAUGUCCAUCUUGCCCUAUGAAAGUGAAACUUUUCUCUCUUGGGUUUUGGUGGGAUCUUCAGUCCAAAGGCAGAGAUGCCCAAUGGAGGGAGAAUAUAGGACUGUAUGAUGAACUGAGCCAAACGCUAAGUUAGUCGGAGAGAGGAGAAACCAUGGAGGGAAACGGGACUGAAAAAAUAUAUGCUCAACAGCGCCAUCUGCGUCCAGAAACGCCCAUCGCCUCUAUGAAAGGCAUUGCAGUCACAAAACAUGACGCUGCCCCGAAACAGUGCUAUGGUGCAAUUUAUUUCUGCAAGGAAAAUGCUGUAUGUUUAGUGAAGUAUAGAGUUUUUUUUGUCUGCAAAGCCAGUUUCAUUAAAUGAAGGAAAUCAGCAUUAUGGGCACAGUUUACUGCAAGUACCAUUCAAGCAAUUACACGUCGAUAAAGUAGGUCAUAUGGUCAACUUUGUUUAUCUGCCUAACUUACAGUUUCAUGGCUGGACAACAUCCCCAUGUUCGAUGUAUUAAUUGUUAUAGUGUUGUGGUUUCACAUUGAAUGAGUGAACAAGGCGAAUAUCUAACAUAAAGAAAUCCUGCUUUGAUUAGUAUUCAAACCUGUUGCCUUCCUUUGUUUGGCAAAUGCAUGAUUGUAAUUGUAGCCCAGACAGUGAUGCAUGUAUGCUCCUUGUGACCAUUUUGAUCAAUAAAGUGCAGAAUGGAUAACUUGUGUUGUACUUUCGGUUCAUAAAUUCCUGUAGCCAUUUAGACACACAGCAAGAGAGGAGGGGUGUGUUUGGUUUGCAGUAAAGAGAGCAUUGUAUAUGCACAUGGGUGAGGAGGGCAACCCCCCCCAAACUACACCCCCCUUUACUUCCUGAGACACCAGACCCCUCGAGUUGAAGUCUACUGAGUCGGAGUUGUUGCCCUUUAUACAUUAAAAUAUGAAUCCCUAAUUAUACAAUUCUUAGCUUAAUUAGUAGAAUAGUAAAUAUUUAUCACAAAUAAGCAUAGGAUCCAGGCUACAAUGUUGUGUUUCCACUAUGUCUACAGGGUGCAAUAUCCAAACAGUCUUUGGCCUUGUGCAAGUUAUUUGUUCAUAAUAUAUAGACUGUUUUUAAAUCAGUGUUUAAUAUAGUAGACAAUGUACACCAGAAGAUGGCACUGCUUUGACAUUCUUCACAUUUAAAUUGCAUUGUCCAACAGUUUAGGGCUGUGUGUGAGUGACAGCCAUAACUGCAUGUGGUUGUAAUGCUGAUAAUAAUCUGUCAUUUGGAAAAGAUGUGCACACAUGGAAGGAGUCCAGUCGUGUGUCUUGUUAUCAGCUGAAGAGUUCACUGUGCAGCCUGUGGUCUUUUUAAACAGCUGGAAGUUGACCGUGAUACUGAAGGUGCUGCUAAAUGUUCAAGGUAGUUUAAAUGUGUGUGUGUGUGUGUGUGUGUGUGUCAGUUUCUGUUUGAAUGGGACAGUUUGUUCAUCUCAGUCAGUGAGUCCCAGAGAAGGAGGUUAUAGUACUUGGACGAACCCGGACAAAACAGGUGACUGAGCACAUUUCCCACAACAGUCACAAGUUCAACAGAGAGUAGUUUAGAUUGAAACAUGGUUCUCUUACUAUAAUUUUAUUGCAAGAAGCUUCUUUGAAUUGAACCAAGAGACCCUCAACAUUUCCCCUACAGUGCUGGAGGCAAUUGGCAGCAGAGUGUUAUUUACUCUGCAGGACAGCUUCUUUCUCUGAGUGGCACAAACACACACAUCAAUGUGCUGGGAGAAGAUUGAGAACACGCCCCAACUGAGCAGCUCUCCAUCUGUGAGAUAAGAUGGGUAUGCCUCCACUCCGGUUGAAGACAGGAUUUCUUGCUUGAUGUCAGGCUGUCUAGUGGCUUUUCAACACAGCAGUCUACCCAAAGUACUUUAUGAUAUAUUGCUAUAUUAUAAAAAAAGACAGUCUUUAGUAUGUUUGUUGGUGAUUAUUAUUAUUUAUGCAAAAAGAAACACGCAGGGAUUUGUAGUAUUGGCUCAUUUAUUUCAUAUUCAGAACUGUGGAUCUGUUUUGUGCCUGCCAACGAUAUUGGAUCAUUUAGACAUUGAAUGAUUGUCUAUAUAAAUUCAAUCACAAUAUACUUUUGCCACAGCUUCACUAUCAGCUGCUGGCUUGCACAUAAACAUGCACGCAAAACUGAAUUUAUUUUUAUGUUACUAGUUUAAUUAAGACAACACUUUAGUCUAAUAAGCCUAAUACUUUAUUAUUUCCCCCUCUACCUCAUACAUAUUGUAUCCCUAUCACACACUACUGUCACACAACUUGCUCUAGUCGUUUUUUUUUCUCUCUCUGUCAAAGCUGUGCCAACCCCACCAGCUUUACAAAUACGAUAAGACCAAAGCUGCAAGAACUCUUCCAGCACUAUGGUAAUGGUUAACCAGAUAAUUCAUUUAGGGGUGGGAAAAGAAAACAGUCAGAAGUUAUUCUGUCUUCAUUUCUGUGCUUGCCCGCCUUCAAUGAGUUGAAUUCAUUCAUAGCAGGACUCAGAAUGGAGGAGACAUUGCAGCAAGAGAAACAAGUGUCGGAAUAUAAAAAUUUGAAUGAAGACCAAGGUAACUUUUAAGAUUUACUUCUCUUCUUUUUGAAAUUAAGUCUAUUUCAGUAUUUCCACACUAGAAAGUUGAGUGUGCCGGUUAUUCAUUUGCAUACUGUGUGAUAUACUUUAAUCAACAACUAAGCUACUGUUACUACUCUUGCUAUAUUUUUAAACCCAAGUGUGGAAAUGUUUCAGUCGAGCCCGUGUGAAGCUGAAAGAAAAACUGUCUCUGAACCACAUCUUUAUACGCCAUCAGUCACCCGCCACAUUCUCUGGUCAUGCAUAAAAAAUACUGCUCUUUCGUUUCAUGCUUUCAUGCUGCCCUCGUUGUUUCUCUCUUUCAUAGGUGGAAUCCGUCGCCGAUUGCGGGACAGGGAUCUUCUCAAGAAGAGAAAAGCCGAAGCAGAAGAAAAGGAGACUAACCAGGUGGAGAGUCAGAGGAAAAGACCCAGGGCUGAGAGUGGCACAAAGAGGAGAGGGAGGCCCAAGAAGAGCGAGCCCACGCCAGAGAUCUCUGUCAUUCAGGAGGAGGCAGCAGUGCCUCAGGAAGCUCCUGCGGUGGUGGUCCCUGAACCUGCUGAGGUCAUCCCAGAUCAAACACCAGGCUCUCUAUCCCCUUUACUUGUUGUGGAAUCACAACCUUCAUCUGUCCCUGCUGCCCCUGCACCUCGGCCACUGCUUGGAUCCAUCCAAAGCCCCGUCUUUGCUCCUACUCUGACUUCUCCAGCACCAGUUAACCCGACUCCAGCGCUUUUUUCAUUCUCACCUCCUGUUCCUCUCUCCGUCAAAGUUCAAGAUUCAGCUCUGGCUCCAGAUGCUGUCCCAGUCCCAGUCACAGUCCCAGUCCUGACUCAAGCCCCUGUUCCAACUGCAGCACCUGGUCCUGCCACAGCUCUUCCUCAGGUGGAGACCCUUUCCGCAGAGUUACAAGGCAGGGAGGCCCUUGACCAGAUCCUGAUUAAGGACUUGGGCCCAGAUGAGGAGGAGGACAUCUCUGCAUUUCAAGACAAAAGAGCCGAUGAAGAUUUGAUUGGAACAUCGUCGAUCAACGUACCUGAACAAAACGCAAUGUUCUCAAUUCCAACCUUGUCCCCGACGCCUCCUCCACAAAAAUAUUUCCCAGGAAAUGUAUUCUAAUUUUCGAAAACACACUUUUCAGAUACUGCCUCGGCUCAGACUUGCUUCUUUUCCGAUCACAGUUUGUAUCCGAGUGUUACUUUGGUUAGUGUGCAGCCUGUUGGUUUAAGAGAACAAACAUACUGAGCAUAUGCAUUGCUUAUUUGACAAAUGUAUCAAUUCAAAACAAACAUGCUUAUUUAUUCUGGUUUGUUCGUCACUACGAAGCUCAUUAAUUAUUUUUUUGUAUUUUGUAUUCAGUAAACAGCAAAUUUUGCUUGCUUUUAUUUAAGAGUAAAGGGUAUAAAAUCACUGGGGAUGAUGUAUUUGUAAUUAUGGAUUUAUUUGACAGAAUUUUGUAAAAAGUUGUUAUUCACCUAAUAAAAUACACUGCUUACAAUCA